UAAAUUGUUGAAAAUGGUUCUGUCUGAAUACUUUUCUGAUCACCUCACCUCACCUCACCUCACCUCACACCGUUUCCCAUCUUUCCCAUAUCGACAAAACCCUAAUCCUCCAUCUUCGUAAACCUCUUCUUCUCCAUUUUUUCUCCAAUUCCACCCAUUUUUACCGACCCAUUAAGCCAAAGGGUCGAUCCGUUUCUUCAAUUCCAUCAAUUUUCACCGAUUAGAUUCAAUCUUUUUCCUCAAUUCCACCCAUUCUUUUGCCGACCCAUUAGCUUAAAGGAUCUUCUUUUCUUUCAAUUCUACAAAAAAAAUCCAAUCUUUCAUCAUAUGGGUACCUUCAGGGUUCCAUCGGAACCUUCAAAACCCCUAAAUUCAUCAUCUUCUCAACCCACAACAACCACAUCGACCUCUCGGAUCGAUACGAUUAAUGGGUCCCAUGAAUUUAAGGUUGAUGGUUACGCCUUAUCUAAAGGUAUGGGAAUUGGGAAAUAUGUAACUUCCGAGAUUUUUACGGUGGGUGGUCAUUCUUGGGCUGUUUACUUUUAUCCCGAUGGAAAAAGCUCAGAGGAUAAUGGUACCUAUGUUUCUCUUUUCAUCGCCCUUGCUAGUGAUGCUACCGAUGUUAGAGCUUUGUUUGAGCUGUCUCUUAUGGAUCAGAGCGGUAAUGAGAGGCAUAAGGUUCAUACCCACUUUGGUAGGGUGCUGGAGACGGGUCCAUACACACUCAAAUACCGGGGUAGCAUGUGGGGCUAUAAACGCUUUUUCAGGAGAACAUUACUAGAAACAUCAGACUAUCUUAAAGAUGAUUGUCUCUUGAUCCAAUGUACUGUUGGUGUUGUCAGAUCAUACAAUGAAACACCAAAGACUUUCUCCCUGCCUGUGCCACCGUCAGACAUUGGGCUUCAUUUUGGGCAGCUCCUAGAGAGUGGAGAGGGAGCCGAUAUAAAGUUUGAAGUUGAAGGUGAAGUCUUUGCUGCACACAAGUUGGUUCUUGCUGCCCGCUCCCCUGUUCUUCGGGCACAGCUCUUUGGUCCAUUGAAGGAAGAGAACAUACAAAGUAUUAGAGUCGAAGAAAUACAGGCUCCAGUAUUCAAGGCAUUGCUCCACUUCAUCUAUUGGGAUUCCCUCCCUGAUUUACAAGAGCUUGUGGGUCUUGAUACAAAAUGGGCAGUUGCUUUAAUGGCUCAGCAUCUGCUUGCUGCAGCUGACCAGUAUGGUCUUGAGAGAUUGAGAGCACUUUGUGAGGCUAAACUUUGUGAGGAUGUUACAAUUAACACUGUUGCUACAACUUUAGCCUUGGCAGAUCAGCAUCACUGUGUCCAACUGAAAUCUGUGUGUCUUAAGUUCAUCGCAUUGCCUGAAAAUUUGAAAGCUGUGAUGCAAUCUGAGGGAUUUGAUCACUUGAAGGAGAGUUGUCCUUCUGUCAUCACGGAAUUGCUGAAGUAUGUUGCUGGGAUGAAUGAACAUGCAAUCAUUUCUUAUGUACAUGGUGGGCACAUUCUGGAUGGCACUGACGUGAAUGGAAGAAGAGUGAAGCAAAGGAUAUAUUGAGCGCAAGCCACGUAGAAUUUAUAAUGAAGUUGCUAUCAUUCCUUAGCAGCCCCAAUUGGUAAAGUAAAUUGAUUAUAAGGUGCAUAUAGUCCAGAAAUGCUAUCGGAUUGUCGGUCUCUCAUAUUGUUCUGUUUCUGAGUAAAUGAUCUUUAACCUUAGAGGGUGGAUGAGGAUGUGCCUACAAUAUGUGAUGUAGUAGGUGCUCAACCAAUUCUCUUUUUAGGACUGUAUCUCAACAGUGGUGCUUGGUUGGUCCAAACACCUGUUGAUUCUGCUAUAGUGUGAUUUCUUUCUUUCUUUCCCUUUUUAUACUGAAGAUUUUAAUCUUGUCAAGUUAAAGCCUAUUCGGCUGACUGCUUCGACUUUUCGUGUCAUGUCCUGGUUUUCAUGUAUGAUUGAAUUUGAUGAUAUGGUUUAUGGUUUACAUUUUGUUCACAAA